AUGGCGCUGCCCGUAGUUCGCAGUUUGACAGAAUGCGCCGACUACAAUUCCACCGUGGCUCCUUACCUCACCCAAUUGCGCCCGCUUCCAGCGCUGUUCGUCGAGUCUUUUGCGAAUAGUGCCGCACUGAAGCAACUAUAUCUUGACACGAAUCCGCUGGUUGCAGCAGCUGCAUUGUCGCUGGCCCUCGCGCCGAUAUUCUUGGUUGUCUCGGAGAUCAAUAAGAAUUACUCGCAGGUGGAUCGAGUAUGGUCAAUUCUACCGACUGUUUACAAUGUCCAUUACGCCCUCUAUGCUCACUUGGCGGGACUCUCUUCUACGAGACUUGAUAUUGCUGCCGCGAUCAGUGCAAUUUGGAGUAUACGACUGACGUAUAACUAUUAUCGUAAAGGCGGAUAUUCCAUUGGGAGUGAGGACUACCGAUGGGCCAUUGUCAAGAAAUAUACCGGACCAGCGGUGUUUUUCGUCUUCAAUGUCACCUUCAUCUCUCUAGCGCAAUCUAUACUACUCUUUACCAUUACGACUCCGACCUACGUCCUUCUCCUUGCCCAGCGGCUCGCUACACAUAGCUCCCAGACUGCAUCAUGGGGAUGGGAAGACUCCCUUGCAGCCAUAACCAUGCUCUCCUGCAUAGGCAUCGCCUUCGUGGCAGACGAGCAGCAAUGGCGUUAUCAGUCAGCUAAGGCUGCCUAUCGCAAGGAAGCCAAGGUGCCAGCAGGCUUUGACCGCGCAGACUUGGAUCGCGGCUUCAACACCAAAGGUCUCUUUGCGUAUUCCCGGCAUCCCAAUUUCGCCGCCGAACAAGGCGUCUGGGUGUCUCUCUACCUCUGGUCGUGCUUGGUGACCAAAACUUGGUACAACUGGACCGGGAUUGGCGCGGCGGCCUACCUAAUCCUUUUCCAGUCCAGCACUUGGUUGACCGAGCUUCUCUCCUCAAACAAGUAUCCAGAGUACAAGAUCUACCAAAAGCAGGUUGCAAAGUUCCUGCCCUUGCCAGGUUCAACCCCAUACACACCUACAGUCGGGACACCACAUGGCGGCGCAGGCUCUAGGUUGGAGAGCGAUGCAAUCAGAGAGAAGCAACGAUUUGAUCUACGCUGA